AUGGCUCGUUUCGCAUAUAAGGUCGAUCUCUCUGAAGAAGAAGAUCAAUUGGUGUUGCCACUGACUCAACUGAUCAUGGAGGUUUUGACGCUUCACAACGACUACUACUCCUGGGAAAAGGAAGACGCUUUCUAUCACUCGUCGGAGGACAAGUUGCCAAUGGCUAAUGCCGUCACCCUCUACAUGAGGUGGUAUUCACUUCCCCUAGGGGAGGCAAAGGCCGCUAUUAAAGCGAAGGCUAUCGAAAAGGAGGAACAAUACUUGGCGGCCAAAGAGGAGUUCUUGAAAAGAGAUAUACCUCCUCCACCAGCCACCAUACGAUGGCUUGAAAUCAUAGAGCAUAUGGUUGCAGGGAACCUGCUCUGGAGUCUCACUUGUCCACGCUACCAUAAGAAGUCCAACAAUCAAUACGUGGACUAUUAUGAGAUGAGGUGUCGUCAAGGGUACAUUUUCCCUGAUGACUGCACAAGACUCGACGCGUUCGGCGGUUUUCAAACCGGAUGCGAACCACAAGCUACCGUUGUGAACGGUAAUGGCAAGGGGAACCAUGUCAACGUGGCCGAGAACGCUAGUGAAAUCAAUGGAGAUGCUGGUACCAAAGGGCUGUCAACUUACACCGACAAAAAUCUGGCACCAUUCGACGAGACGGUAAUUAAGAACCCUUCACACUAUGUGAUGGCACUGCCCUCAAAAUGCCUGAGGGAGAAAUUCGUCUGGUCAUUGAAUCAGUGGUUUCAAGUACCAGAGAAAUCCUUGCAGACUAUAGAGAAUGCCGUCGGGCUCCUCCAUAAUUGCUCAAUAAUGUUGGACGACAUCCAAGACCAGUCACCGUUACGACGCGGCAAGCCAUCUACCCAUACCGUCUACGGGGAGGCGCAAACCAUGAACUCGGCGUAUUUCCUCUGCGUUGAAGCACUUCAGAAAAUCUACUCUCUAGGCCACCAUGCAGUCCCGAUCUAUAUUGAGGAGCUGCAGAUGCUGCAUCUAGGCCAGGCUCAGGAACUCUACUGGACCUAUCACGGAAUAGUGCCAUCUAAAGAGGACCAUCUGAGAAUGAUUGAUGGGAGUUAUCUAUUCCGGAUCGCCGCCCGACUAUUACAGUCUGAAUCAAAGGCAAACAGAAACCUCAACGUAUCCAAGUUCAUGACUGAGCUCGGUCGAUUCUUCCAAGUCAGAGACGACUAUCAGAACCUGACAUCAGCUGAGUAUACAAAUUGCAAAGGCUUUUGCGAGGACCUCGAUGAGGGAAAGUUGUCAUUUCCUAUCAUUCAUGCCCUGCGGGAGACAGACCCAGAACCUGAAAUCCAAGCAAUCCUCGAGCAGCGGAAGCGCACAAACCACCUUACAUAUGAACUAAAAAGGCUUAUCCUGGAUAGACUCCGUGAGAACGGCAGCUUGGACCAUACCUUCCGCAUGUUGCAAGACAUGUAUGUUGCAGUUUGGAGGGAGCUGGAGCGCCUUGAAGUCGCCACCGGGCAAAAGAACUGGAUGUUAAGGAUGAUGCUGCAGCGGCUGAAGCUUUAA